AUGUCAGGAGGAUCGAUGGGGAACGAGCUGGAGGAAGCGAAUCAGAAGGUCACAGGACUUUUGCAGCAAGUUGACGACAACAUUAAUAGAGCCACAGACAAUGCCGCGAAGCUUCUUUCUCACGUCAAAGAAUUUGUUGUACAUACCAAGAGCGUCCAGUCUUCUCUGCAGCUUUGGAUCAAUUUUUUCCAAUCCUUCGAGGAGAACGAGAGGAAGAAGUUCUUUUCAGACAAUAGCACCCAGGCUGGGUUCAAGCGGAGGUACGGGUCUCCUGAGAACACUCCUUCCUUUGGAUGCUCUCCGCCAUGCAGUGUACGGGUGAAGGAGGCAGAUCCUGACAGGCUCGCGGCAACGGAAGCAGAUUUCUCUCCUGUGUUCCAGCCUCAAUUCGAACCAGAGAUAGCGGAGCAUGACAGAAGUCUCUUCAAGCAGGAGCAGCCGGCGUCGCCGACACCCUCGGUAGAGAAGAGCUACAGGUCAGAGUCCUCCACCCCCAAGAUCUCAUCGCCGACUGUGACAGUGACUCUGAAUGAGAUGGAGGAAAUCAACUCACGGAGGACAGGUCUCCAGGUCAUCGACCCCAACGCAAGUUUGCCCAGUGCGUCAAAGAGGACAAGAAGAUCGACAGCGAGAGAAGGUGGACGUGUUUGA